AUGGCGAACCUCUUCCACCGAAACCACCAGCCUACGAGUUUCCCGUCUGCAGACCCAGCCAUCGAACUGAAGAAUUCCGCACAUCCAGAAAUACCCCCGCAAGCCCACACGACGACGACGGCUAAGAAACACGAUUUCCUCCCCAGACACCAAGUAAACCACAAUGGCCAUAAGAUCACCAAGCACAUUGCACCCGAGGGCGAGAGUGGCAGGAAAGGCAUACACCCACUACACUUCUUCAAAAUCUGCUGGUCGUCGACGAGUGAUGCUUCUCGCGCAGUCAAUCUGCUCUGGCCUUUCGUACCUGCGGCUUUGGCUGUGCGGUAUUCGCGCAGAGAUCUUGGUGUGACCAUUUUUGCGCUCUGUUAUAUUGCUAUGGUUCCUUGUGCCAAUUUGAUUGGGUUUGCUGGGCAAGAGCUGGCCAGGAAAAUGCCUAGAGUAUUUGGUAUUCUGGUUGAAACAACUUUAGGAUCUAUUGUUGAGAUUGUUCUCUUUAUGGUUCUUCUCUCAGAGGAUAAGUUUUCAGUCAUUCAAGCAGCAAUCCUUGGCUCCAUUCUGGCUACCCUUCUCCUGUGUCUUGGGAUGUGUUUCUUCGUUGGUGGAUUGAAGCGGGCAGAGCAAAAGUUUGAUGACACUAUCAGUGAAGUGGGCAGCGGUCUGCUGCUAACAGCAGGACUCGGCCUUACCGUACCUACCGCAUUCUUCGCAGCUCUUCAAGCAAGCGACAGCAACGAAACCACUGAAGACCUAGAAAGUAGAGCCAAGCAUGUCUCGCGUAUCGCCUCCAUAUUCCUCAUUGUGGCAUAUGCUAUCUACAUCUGGUUCCAAGUACGCACACACCACAGCAUCUACGACGCCAUCCUGCUCUUGGACGAAGAAAACGACGACGACCGACAUAAAGAUCUGCGCAAACCCAAGCUGACCUUCACCGAGUGUGUCGUGGCCCUCGCCGUCUCCAUUGCCCUGGUAACACUCCUCGCAAUCGGUCUGGUCGAACACAUCCCCAAUAUCGUCGAGAAAGGUGUUUCGGAUGCCUUUGUGGGUCUUAUCCUAGUCCCGCUCGUCGAGAAGGCAGCAGAGCAUUUGACGGCUGUAGAUGAAGCGUGGGACAACCAGAUGAAUUUCGCCCUAUCACACGUCCUUGGCGCCACGAUUCAAACUGCCUUAUUCAACGCCCCUCUCGUGGUCAUCGUCGGCUGGGGCCUGGACAAAGACAUGGAUUUGAAUUUUGAGGUCUUCAUGAUCGUCGUACUCAUCCUUGCCAUCCUCGUCGUGGGCAAUUUCUUGAGAGAUCAGAAAUCGAAUUAUUUAGAGGGCGCGAUGUGUUUGAUUAUUUACUGCAUUAUUGCCGUAGCGGCUUACUACUAUCCUAAUCCUGCCGAGACUGUAUCGGCUGGGGAGGGCGGAGAGUAA